CAGUGCGCAUAGGGGACUCGGGUAAAUUUGUUGCUUUUACUAGUAGGCAGAAGUUAGGCCAUGUAGAUAUUGUUGGGGGCUGCUAUUUGGUCAGAAGGCACAGACAAUGUUUCAAUCCAUUGGUGACCCAUAGUAGAAAGAAUCGUUUCCCCAUGGUCAGUAAUCAGAGGAGUUCAGAUAGUGGCACCAGUUCAUCUGAGAUUGAUGAAAGAUUGGUUUUUAAAGAUGAGAGUUCUCUUGAUGGUGGAGGCAAUGGUGCUUCGUAAGGCUACUACUUGAUGUAUUAUAUGUUUUUGUUUUUAUGAAAUUUUCAAGUCUUCUACAUUUUAUACACAUUUUCUUGACUCAUCAAUGGUUCUUGUCUCUUUAUGAUAGUGAAUUGGCAGAAGUUCCUAGCGUUGUAUUACAUUCUCCAGAUGUCAAGCGUGAGAUAAUGAUGCUUUCUAUACCUGCUAUUGCGGGGCAAGCACUUGAUCCUUUAGCACAGCUUAUGGAGACUACUUACAUUGGUAGAUUAGGCUCUCUGGAGUUGGGUUCAGCUGGUGUUUCUGUGAACAUCUUUAACUACAUUUCAAAGCUAUUUAAUAUUCCUCUUCUCAGUGUUGCCAAUUUUUUUGUUGCUGAAGUCAUUUCAAGAAGUGAAAAUAAUUCUUCAGCUUCAGUAUUGUUCCAAGUUAAAGAUUGA